GCUUGUGACACAAUAAUUUUUUUUUUUGACUUCUUAAAAACUCUAUGGCAUUACGUGCCUAAUAUUCGAAGUAUUUAAGGUGAUAACCUUGAAUUUAAGGAGUGUUUAUUGAGAGGAAUUAUGAAAAUCAAGUCUUGUCUAGAACUGUAAAGGAGUAUGGAAUAUUUCAAUUUUUUACCAUGAAUAAUCAAUACGCCUACAUGCACACAUGAAUAACGACUGAAUACCAAUCCAAAAAAUUUCGAUUAUUUGUGGGAGGUUAGGAAAAAUGAAAAGUUAUGGAUGUGUUCGGCUUUAUUAUUAGUAUCGUUAUCACAUCAGUUGAGAUAUGACACAUCUGUUUUUGUCAACAUAAACUAUUGCGAAAUUUAUAUUAGCUGAUUUGUGAGGGCUUUAAAUAGGGCUAAACCAAAUUAUCAGUCUUAUAGUAGCUAUCAUCGCCGUGACAUCGAUCAUUUGUGAGAAUACAAGGGACUACGACAUGCAAUUUUUUAACCCUGUCAACUUGGAUUUUACUGUAGCCUUCACUAAAGAGCUAAGUUAAGGAUAUUGACCUUGUCGACUGUUCUCGUUUGAUUCAGUUUUUACGUAAAUUAAUGAUCGAUGCCAGAAGCCAUUUAUAGUGUUGACUAGUUUGAGUUGAGAGUAAAGAAAACGGCGAGGAAUAAAAACAGCAACAUUAAUGAACAUUAAACAUUAAUGCGCACGUUAUUCCAUUCAUCGAGUGACGAAGUACUAACGGUUUCAUUGUGUUCAGCUGGAAUGGGUGCCCCAACAUCGACUGUGAGGGAAAGUCGUGAACAACAAACAGGUGCACUGAAAAUAGCCUGGGUCACGAGUUCACCGAAUGAUAUAAUUGAAGGCAAACCAAGGGAUUUGCAAUGCUUUUUCUCGGGAAUGCCACUCCCACACGAGGUCCAUUGGUACAAGGAUGGAGAACUAAUCACAAACGAAACAGAAGGUAUUUAUCACUCAGAGGACGAGAAAGAGAAGAACGGCGAAAAAACUCUCCGAAGCACACUUCAUCUUCCGCCGGGACGUGAGGAGCAGGAAGGAUUUUACAAGUGCAGUGCAAGAAACAGUAUUCCGAGCAGCGCGUCCUUUGAGAUACAGAUGAUAUAUGAAUGUCCAUUAGCAAAAGGCCCAACCAAUCACUCAUCGGAGAUUCGUGCGCACAAAUCUUCUAACGUCAGCUUGUCAUGCUGGAUUGACUAUGAUGACUAUUGUCCAGAAGAACUGCUUUGGAAGUUAAACGACGAACCAGAACCCCUGCCCGAAAGCGGUAAAAAGUAUAAAGUGGAACUAAAAGACACGCACACCAAAUGCCAGAAAGAAUUCAUCCUCUCCAUUUUUGACGUUACGGAAAGUGACGAGGGAACAUACAGUUGCCGCUGGCUCUGCGAGUACGAAAACACCACAAAAGCUGCCAUUGAUUUGAAAGUAGUCGAUGACCUGCAGACAGGAGUUAUAGGCAGGUUUUAAAGUAUCUUGGAUUAUGCAUUGAAGAUGAUGACCAGGGCCAGGAUGCGUUCUGGAAGCAGCGUGGAUUAGCUAAUAUAGUGGACUAAAGUUACAAUAUUAUCAAGUAAUCUGUGUGGAGUUUUAUCGUUUUCUUUUUUGUUUUUGUUUUUUCGUCAUGGCAUUUUUAAAGUUUAGACAAAGUCAAACCGUAAUUUAGAAUUAUCAGUGAAAUAAGCUUUGAAACAACAGAAGUAAGAACCUUGGUUAACAAUAUGAAUCAUGGAAUUAGGUUAAUCGGCUUUUGAGCUUUUCCCCACACUUGAAAAGGACUCUGUAGAUGGAAUCUAUAAAAUCAAUCAGCAAUAGUGUGCAACGUGAAGCUUUAAAAUGUUUUAGUUCUUAUUCAUAAUUAAGCAAAAGAGGACUUUUUACGUGUUUAUACAGCUUCAUCCAAACACGAGGGCACACAGUCGAGGGUUUGCAUAACUUUCGAGAAUUCUCCCAAACCCCCGAGUGUUUAGAUGCGGCUAUGUAAACACGGA